AUGCUAAGGCUGACGGUACGAACACUACACCAUGCACCGAAGCAGUCCAUACCGUACGUGCCCGUACCUGUAAAUAAAUACAACGCCAAAAGAUCGGGGUUCAACUUCAAACCAGCCAAAACGUCGGGUCUUGUGUAUAAUCCGCCUGCAGCAAUAGUCAAGCCAUCGAUGCAAACACCUUACUUGUUCCUACCACCGCACGAUCCCAGACGAGAAUUGGCGAAACAGCGCAGCCAGAGCAUACUGCCCCAAGUGGUUGCAGAUAUGCCCAUCAUCCGGCAAUUCAAGGCGCCCCACCAGAGAGAAUACACAAUAACGGCGGAAACCGUGGUGGAGAUGAAAAAGUUGAGAGCCGAAAAUCCUCGCGAGUGGACUUUAAGGGCCUUGAGCAAAAAAUUCAACGUUGAGUUGGAGAAGUUGGUCUAUUUCUUCAGGACGGACAUGGAAAAGGCCAGAAAGUCUGAGGGAUCGCAUGGGGAUAAGCUUGAGCUUGGCUUGCGCAGGACCGCGUUGGACAGGCAAAAGAGAAGAGAAAUGUGGUUGAGAAAUGAAUUCUAA